AUGGCCUCAAAAGCCCUCUCUCUCAUCCUUUUCUCUCUUCUCUCUUCUGCAACUUCAUCAACAUCUCCGUUUGAGUUCUUAGAGCAUCUGAAGGGGGGUCACAAGGGUGACCACAUUGAAGGCAUCCAUGACCUCAAGCUAUACCUCGAAAAAUUCGGCUACUUAAGCUAUGCCCAUGCCAAGAACAACCCUCAUGCCAAUGACGAUGAUUUUGACAACCUACUCGAGUUAGCCGUCAAGACAUACCAGCUCAAUUACCACCUCAACACCACCGGAACAUUGGAUGGCGAAACGGUGUCAAAGAUGAUGAUGCCUCGUUGUGGUGUGGCGGAUAUCAUCAAUGGCACCAGCUCAAUGCGAUCAGGGAAGAAAAAGCACCAUCACCAUGACCCCGACCAUGACCACCACAACCACGGUUCCAGUGUGCAUGCAGUCUCUCACUAUUCUUUCUUCAAGGGAAGGCUAAGAUGGCCAACUUCUAAGCAUCAUCUCACAUAUGGAUUUCUUCCAAACACCCCGACGGAAGCCAUGGGACCGGUUUCACAUGCGUUUCGAACAUGGGCGUCAAACACGCACUUCAGAUUUAGUCGUUCCAGAAACUACAAAAGGGCGGACAUCAAGAUUAGUUUCGAAUACAGCGAUCAUGGAGAUGGGAGCCCAUUUGAUGGGGAAGGUGGGGUUUUGGCCCAUGCUUAUGCUCCAACGAAUGGAAGAUUCCACUACGACGCCGACGAGCCAUGGUCUGUGGGUGCUUUGGAAGGUUAUUACGACUUGGAGACGGUGGCUUUGCAUGAGAUCGGACACCUUCUUGGACUAGGGCAUAGCUCAGUUGAGGGAGCCAUCAUGUACCCUUACAUAUCUUCUGGAGCCACCAAGCUGACUUUGCAUGACGACGACAUUCAAGGGAUUAAAGUUCUAUACAAGUCUUGA